AUGAUUGGCGGCGGCUCCGGCUCCGGAACUACUCCCACCACUCCUGCAAACCCUUCUAGCAUCCCCUCUGCUUCCCCCUCUGCUUCUCCUUCUCCUUCUCCUUCUCCUUCCGCAGCCGCUCCCCCAGUCGCCACCCCAGAGGCCCAGAAGCCUUCUGCGCCCGCUGCCUCACCAUCGCCCGCUCCCUCCACCGGCGGUGGCGAGUCCUCCGGCGCGCUGCCCAAGGAGUUCACCAUCGAGACUUUCAUCUCUUGGCUGGAGAGCAAGGCUUCUGCCAAGGCCCGCCGUCACGCCCGCGCAUUCGCUUAAGCGGAUUUACGAGAGAUGAUGCAUUGGUUGUUUGUGUUCGUCAGAGACGACAAGUUCUAUUCUUAGUGUAUAUAUCACGCCAUUCUUUGUAGC